UUUGGGCAUAAACUAUCAACUGCUACAUUAGAAAUGUCAAAACAGACCAUAUGCAGAAGAGGCAGGCGGAGUGGCUUAUGUAUCCAAACCGGCUAGUAAUUAUCGCCGCUGUGUCCCUGUCCAAUGCCCAACCCCAGUCCUUCACCGAACACCAUUUGUCAUCACCAAAGCAGAAGCCAGAAAAAGAGGGAUAAUGUUCUUCAUCAUUUGCCAGACUUAGUAAGAGUAGUUCGAGAGUUUCUGGUUCUGAAUUCUGAUCAUCAUUUAAGGAAACCCGCGUGCCUUAUUUAACGUUUCUGCUACGUACAUCACACCCAAGCCACUUUGACAGCUGUUUUUAUCUGUCUGCUCAAGAAAAAUGAGUUCUUGCUCAGUGAUCUGAUGAUUCUCUGCUCUGUUAGCUGAUUUGAUUUGUGAGGUAACUGGGAAUUGAGCUUGUGACGAUGACCAGGAGGAGAAUAAAAGAGUGGGAAUUUCUGAUCCAACUGGUGCCAGCCAGACUGCCAGUUAUAAUUUGACCUAACAAUUCUUGCGAAGCCCUGCAAGAUGAGCUCAUUGCCUGCUUGUGGGAAAAAAGCAUCAGAAUGGUCCAUAAAGCGGAUUUAGUUAUUAUUGGUGUCUCAGUUGGUGUGGCUGUUGGAAUUCUUCUAGCAUCACUUGCGUUCUUUUGUGUCUGUUGGUAUAAAAAACGAGCUCAUCUUCGUCGUUGCGCAAAUGAGCGAUCUCUAGCAACUCUUCCAAUUCGUACAAAUGGCUUAGGUGCGAGCAUUGACUUAAGUGCGUCUAUAAGUGCUAAGGGACCAGAAAAUGUUGCCAAAAGUUCUCAGCAAAGCUGGUGGAGUCACCCUAGCAAAGAUCGCUUUGCUUCAGCAUCUGGCAUACUUAGAUAUGCUUACAAGGACAUUCAGAAAGCCACACAGAACUUUACAACCGUUCUAGGGAAGGGAUCUUUUGGUCCAGUGUACAAAGCCGCAAUGCCUGCUGGUGGAGUGGUAGCUGUGAAGGUUCUUGCUACCGACUCAAAACAAGGGGAAAGAGAGUUCCAGACAGAGGUUACGCUACUGGGAAGGCUCCAUCACCGUAAUUUGGUGAAUUUAGUUGGCUAUUGUGUGGAUAAAGGUCAACGGAUGUUGAUCUAUGAAUUCAUGAGCAAUGGAAGUUUAGCGAACCUUUUAUACAGCACAGAACGAACUUUGAGUUGGGAAGGAAGACUGCAAAUUGCACUUGAUAUUUCACAUGGCAUCGAAUAUCUUCAUGAUGGGGCAGUGCCACCAGUGAUACAUCGAGAUUUGAAGUCUGCUAAUGUAUUGCUCGAUCAUGCUAUGAGAGCUAAGGUUGCUGAUUUUGGGCUUUCAAGGGAAGAAGUUAAGGAUGGCAGCAAUUCAGGUCUUAAAGGCACAUUUGGCUACAUAGAUCCUGCAUAUAUAUCCACAAACAAAUUUACCACGAAGAGCGACAUUUAUAGCUUCGGUGUUAUCCUCUUUGAGCUCAUCACAGCUAUCCAUCCACACCAGAACUUGAUGGAAUACGUGAAUCUCGCUGCUAUGAGUCCAGACGGCGUUGAUGAGAUUCUUGACAAGAAACUCGUCGGGACAUGCAAUGUCGAAGAAGUAAGGAACCUGGCUGCAAUUGCUCACAAGUGCUUGCACAAAACUCCAAGAAAACGACCCCCCAUAGGAGACGUUUCCCACGCUAUACUAAAGAUAAAACAGAGACACACCGUGAAGAAAGAUACCUCGUCUUUUGCCCAAGAUGAUUUUUCAAGAAUGUCAAGUAUUAUAGAGAUUCAGGAAUGAGGAAGCUGAACUAUGAAAACAUGGCCAGCAUAAAUAUUAGUCCACACUGAUGACUGUUAGCAUUUAGCUAUAUCCUUCCCUUUUGCAAGCUUGAGUGCAGAGAUAUGGUUGUGUUCAUCUUCUUCAGGCUCAUUGGAGUCUGCAUUUCUUAAGAGGUUUACACAAUAGAUCGAGUAUUGAGUUUUCAGCUGAAGUAGUAACUUCAGUGUCAUAAAGCAGUAUGAAAUCCAAGAAAUAGAGAAAUAUAAUUUAAAGCUGAGAAUGUCAAUUACCUUAUUUUUGACCGUUAUAUUAACUGACUAAUUGUAUUAUUCUUCCCAAAAGGUUGAAUCCCCAACUCGACUUUCCACGUCCCGGUCCGACAAAGCAUUUGAGACUCUGGGAGGAUAUCAAGUAUGAUAUGAUAGUUGUGUUGCACAUUUAUAUUUUAUAACAAAAUGCUAUGGUGUUGAUUGGUACCAUACUUCCUAGUCAAAAAAUGUAGAGAUAGUUCAUAAAGAGUGAUUGAGUGGGUGAAAUAUUAUUCUUGUAAUAGAAAAUUAGAAGUUCAAUUUUUAGUACUCUGUAA